UCGGCAACAAGCAUACAAUCAUCAUCAUCACCACAACGGGAACCGUUAUUUGAUCGCAAUAGUCAUCAACCGUUACCAAUAUUUAUGGACACCUAUUAUGCCGUACAGAACCAGAAAACUGGUCGAUGGCUACUAUGGUUGCCCAGUACGGGAACGGCCUACAAAAUGUCUAACAAAUCAGUGAAUAUGUUUCAUCAUUGGUUAGCAGCGCCGAUGGAUCAUUUUGGUUGGACCAAUAUGAGGCACGGUAUCAAUUCACAUCAUAUUAAAUUAGCCAGAUCAGAUUAUCAGGGCUACUAUUUUAUCUACAAUAAAGAUUGUCAUUCUGGUGAUUAUCCAAACAAAGAGAGUAAUGAUUAUCAAAUAAUAUGCACAAAACCGUCGUACGAUACAUACAAUUAUAGUGCAGAUCCUGAAUAUAACUGGCUAUUUGUUGAACAACAAUUACCAUCAUCAGCACCGGUAUAUCAAUUGGAUGACCACCACUACCAGCACAAUCAUUUAGGAUUUAUAGUUACUAUUAUUGUAAUGAUGGUCAUACUAUUGUCAUUGAUUAUAGCUAUUGUAAUCUACUAUUUUAAAUUUGAACGCUUUCAAUCAACAAGCUAUAGUCAACAUAUUUAUCAUGUAAAAGACACUGAUACUAUUGACAGCUAAUAAUAAACAUGUAUACUAACCAACAACAACAACAAAAACUAACUGUGUAAAUAAACUAGCAGCUAAAAAAUAUUAUUAUUUAUAUACAGGUAACUACUGUAGUUUAUAAAUAUCUAAUAGUUUUAAAUAAUUUUAUAU